GACAAAAUGCUCAGUUAUCUACCUGCGAAUCUCCAAAUAGCUCGAACCUUCGUCACAGGUGCAUCGCUGUCCGUGGAUCGUUUUAUAAAUUACUUUUGUAAUGCAACCCACUCAUGAUCAAAACAAGUGUUAUCUUCUAAAUGAUUUUAAAAGAUAUGUCCUUUCAAUCACGAACACAGCGACAUUGUAAGGAAUGAACCACACCUUGGUUUCAAUCUGGGUAAAGUUACUUAAUUUAAACUUUAAAACAAAAUGCUGGCUCAUUCACUCUGCCAGACCUACAAAUACUGUACACGACAAUUAGCUGUAUCGAGGGCACUGAUCUGACACUAGUUUAAUUGUGUGAUUGUGAGUUAAUUACUCGCACCUACUCACAACCUAAGAGAGGUAAUUCCCAUCGAGUAAAUCGAAAGCGAGACUGUCUUGCUCAGAAACGACUUCGUACCACAAGGUGUGGUUUGUAAACAAAAUAAUUCAUGACGAUAACUUUUCACUAAGUACAAAUAUAAGAAAAAUUAUGUCUGGACGAACAACGAAUAAUUGUAACAUCUUACUAGCUGCUGCAUGUGUGCGAGCUGCUGCUCAUUCUGAAGCGAAACAUGUGACCACGUUCGCGGAUAAGGUGAUGGUCCCAGACCAUUCAUAUGCUGUCGGUAAUUCCGAUCCUGUGUGUAAAAUGUUAGACGAAAUAUGCCUAAAGCAGAAAGAAAAAGACCAUACUUAUUCUGCAUCAAGUCGUUUAGGCCGAACACCUAUAGUGAAAUCCCAGUCGCUUGGGGUUCAGCAAGGCAAAUGUCAAACUGUAAGUGAGCCCAUUCCGAUUCAUCAUUUACGUAGAAGUUCGUCAGAGGACAAUUUACCUCGUGUUGAGUUUAAAUCGGAGGAGAACAAAGCACGUGUUGGAUUAGGUCAGUGUCAUGCAGUGGCAGCCCGAAAAUCUAUGUCUUUUGAACGUGUGCACACAGCUAUGGACUUGAGUUCUGUUUCUUCACUUGUGCCAAAAGUGCCAGUCCAUGGUAAAUACGGCAUUCAGGUGCCAGAGACAAGUAAAUCAGUGGCAGCCCCAUCCUGGCCGAGAAAAGAGGAUCACACAUACGCCACUUUCAGUGGUGAUUGCAAGAUAACUCAGGGACACGAAAACGUAACUGUAGCCCUAAAUCCUGCUCAAGAUGUGAGACUGCUGGCCAAGACUAACAACAGUGAAUUAGCAUCACUGGGACUUAAUCGUCAUGAUCAUACUUACGAUAAGGCAAAGCAGCAUAUAUGCACCAAGCUCAGCUCAGCAGAUUUUGCUUUACUUGCCAGAGGCAAGGCAGCAUUAUUAAGUAAGGACCAUACUUAUUUCAGCAAUUGUAUUAAUGUCUCGAAGUGCUAUGGCACUGAAGGAGGGACAAUAGCAAAAUCUAGGAAGCAGAUGAACCUUGUGUCAAAGUCUUGCAGCAUGGGCCACAUAGGUCUAGUGGGAAUGGCACAUCAGCACCAUAUCCUGGUACCUACUGACCAUAACUACAGUGCUUCAGCCUGAUAACUGGUUCUUCUGUGAUGUACAUUCCUUACUAUGAGGUUUUGUCUUAGAGCUUCCACCAGAGCUGAUCGACCACACAGUGCAAUGAUGCAAAAGGCUGUGCUGAAAAGAUGGAGUGCUAAGUAAAACACUGCCAGUGGAGGAUUUAAGACUAACCAGAAAUGAAAUACGUACGAUUGCUUUUGGAAAAUGUUCAAGAAUAUGCUUUAGCGUUAUAGCAGGCUAUUUUUUUCUCCAGACUCAGCAGUGAACUUUUUCAUUAGCACACAAUUCAUUGCAAACAUUGUUAAACUUAAAAGUAAUGUGAAUUAAAUUAAUUGCAUCUUCUACUUACAGUAUAACAGUGUGUGAGAAUAGCAUCCAUUUCACUCCUGCCUUUGUUUACUGUAUCCCCCACCUAUGCUAUCAAAUGAUAUGUAUUAAGCAGCAUAAUCUGUUUUUAAUAUGUUGACUGUAAAAGAAGUUGAUGUAGGCAUGAGUUAACUGUGCAUGGAGUGGAAUAAAUUCACAGGGUAGUAUAAGCCCCAUAGAAAUGUCUUUCAUUGUAAACCAAUUGGAUAGGCUGGAGAAACCACAACAAAUUAUCGCUUACAGUUAUGAUAGUUUUCCUUUUUUUUAUCUAUUUAGUUUAAUUGUAUAAAGCAUUAAUUCAUAUUGCACAUGACUAUAUUAACAACGAUAUCUCAGAUAUGUGGGGUAUAAUAGAGUGCAGUGCAGUGACUUUACAAAAUGCAAAUCUUGUUAACAUGAUGGAAUGCAUUAUGGAAUAAAGUAUUUUGAGUGCCAAGCC